AUGUUGCCAGGAAUCGGAAUGUUCGGCACGGGCGAAGUGACCCACGUGCUCGUGCCAAUUCUGCGUGACAAGGGCUUCAACAUAGUGGCGAUAUGGGGUCGCACUGGGAAGGAAGCGGAACAGGCUGCACUCGAGCUGAAGAUACCGUUCCACACGGCCAAGAUCGACGAUGUGUUGCUGCGGAAGGAUGUCGAUCUAGUGUUCAUCACCUGUCCGCCGUUUCUUCACUCGCAGAUAUCGGUGAAGGCACUCGGCAUCGGCAAGCACGUCGUGUGCGACAAACCGAUGACACUGAUGCAGAGCGAUGCCCUGAAGAUGGUCCGUGCCAGCCAGUAUUAUCCGACGCUUAUUUCCAUCGUGAACCACUCACUGCGGUUUCUGCCUGCGAUUGCACACAUGAAACGCGUCAUCCAGGAAGGUUACAUUGGGCCACCGGGCCCCUGUCUCGAUCAGACGCUAAUUGAUGUGAAGGUGCGAAUGGGUCCACUGUUCAACCGGAAACGGUACGACUGGCUGUGCGAUGAAUCGAUGGGUGGUGGAGCACUUAAUCUCGUCGGCAGUCAUGUGAUAGACCUGGUGAAGUUCCUGACGGAACGGAAAGCGGUGCGAGUGCAUGGAACGGUCCGCACGUACGCAAUGUAUGCAUCGCAUUCGCACACGGGCAUACGGAGAGUUGCCGCACCGGACGUUUGCACGUUUCAGAUGGAACUUGAGAGCGACGGUAGCACAUCCAGUGCGCUCGUAACGGUCAACAUAAAUUGUCACGAGUCGAACAACGCGUUUCAGCAGGAAGUCGUCAUUUACGGUCCGGCGGGUCAUUUGACCGUGCGCGGAGGUGAUCUGGUUGGUCACCGGCUGAAUGCCGAUACGGGCGCCAUCAAGGAGGAAAUGUUGUACGUGGACGUGCAGGAUCUUCAAUUUUCCACCUCCGACACAACCCUGCCCAGACCGUAUGUGAAGGGACUGUGCAAGCUGGUCGGUGCCCUUCGGGAUGCUUUCCAUCCGAACAAGGAAAGUGCCGGUUGGAUCAAGGAACCGGUACAGGCAGCAGCCACCUUCGAGGAUGGCCUAUACGUGCAGGCAGUGCUGGAUGCGAUUCGCAAGUCGAGCAACGAGCGGUGCUGGACGAAGGUGAACGUCUGCACCGAAUCACCAACAAACCAACAGAAGCAAAAUGUACUCGCCAAUGCUGCUGCCCGCAUCGCAUCCGUCUCGGCCAUCCGGGCCGAUCCCAGUAUUAAUCAUACCGGAUACUUUUAA